UGGACGCCAUGGCCGAGGGCCCGGACAAGUUGCGUCUGGGGAAGCUGGUGGAGUGGGCGCGGGAGUGCGAUAAACAGGUGAUGGCGCUCGAGCGCGAGGAGAUGGAUAUGAACGACGAGCCGGCCUGCCAUCGCACCAUGAGCAGGACAAGUGGAAGAAGCGCAGCGGCGCCUGUCUGGAGGAGAUCGUCAAACUGACGGAAAUGGACAAGGAGAAAGAAGAGAAGAGCGGGGAGAGAGCGCCGCGGGGCUUCCAGAUGCCGCCGUUCGUCUAUAAAGGCAGCGGCGUGCACCGGCUGGACCAGUGUCUGACGCGCAUGGUGCAGAAGUCCUUCGCCGACAACGACCAGGUGGCCGUCGCCCACCGCGCCGGCCAGAAGGCCGAUUUCCGCAAGGGCUACAGCGUGGAGCACGUGCGCACCAUCAUGCAGAAGAUCGCCGCCGAGAAGAAGCAGCCGCGCCUGCGCCACGAGGAGACGCGCCGGCCGCUGGACGUCCAGGACGUGUUUCCGCGUUUUCACUGCGCGGUAAAGCAGUACCGCGCCAAGAGGUUCCGCAGGACCGUCGUCUCCAAAUACACCUACAGCUCCGAGUCAGUAAUUGAGCCGCAGCUGCCGCGCGACUCCCACCUGGAGCAGCACCUGUUGAUCAACCAGGUCCGGAGCGGCUUCCUGGACCGGUUGGCGGAGUACAAGGCGAAGCUGCGCGCCGAGGGCCUGGUGGUGGAGCGCGACGAGGCCGAUCCGGGCGCCAACAAACCGGACUUCUCCAACGACGAGUACGAUCUCGUUGAGGAGGAGGACAACGAGGUGCCGGCGGCGGAACAGGAAGAGGCAGCGGCGGACGCCGGCGCCGGCAGCGACGUGGACGUGGAGGUGGAUAAGGAUGAGCGGGUGGAAGACGGGAUCGACGCGCAGUCCAGCACCACCGAGGAGCCCGAGGGCAGUCUGCAUCGCAGCGAACCCGGCACAGCAUCGCCCGGCUGCAGCAAGCGCAAGAGCCCCGAGGACGACGCCAGCCCGGCGACCGGGGCGGGAAAAGCAGUGCUGAAGCGCAGCAAAUCUGAGGUGAUCAACAGCGAACUGGACAACCGCUACAUCGACGCCACGCCCCCGCCGCCCCCUCCGAAAGCGCCGACACCGCCGCUGAUCGACCUGUGCGACACGGACGACGACGAGGGACGGGACGAGGCGGUCUCCCAGGAGAACAUCCGGCCACCCGGGGACGGCGACGAGGACGACUAUCCGGACGAUGUGCUCAAUCUGCUCCGCGGCGACUGAACGGAUAAUCGCCAAGUUGAUCGUUGAUUGCAGGUUCCUACAUUUGACAGGAUCAUGACCUCUUCUUGUAUUCUGGCAGUUUAACGAGAAUUUUGCAGCUGCAUUUUUUCGGUUUUUUUUAUUAACUUGUCUGCACAAAUGUCAAAUUCUGAAAUGUUCUGCACAAUAUUCUGCUAAGAAAAAUUCCCAUUGUUAUGGCUCUCCUGUUCCUGUUGAAAUUC